GGCUGGGUUGUCUCCUAGUUAGCACACGUGGGGUUUUUUGUAUAUGUGAGAGGGAUCUGUUUGUAACAGUAGGCUUAAAAAAUUGCACUUGGCAGCAAGGAAUUCUUCCCUAAUCUGGACUGGAUCUAUUAGACUGCUGUUGAGAAAACUGGGACUUUCUUUUCAUUUGGAAGCAUGUCAAAAGAAACAUUUGUAUUCACCUCUUCGACUCUACGCUCCCUGCGUCUACAACGAGAAAUGCUAGAGUGGGAAGACCGGCGAAGGGCUGCCUAUCGCCAGUCCACCAGUCGGAGGUACCAGCCAGUUACCAGAAGUCUCCUAUCUCUCCCUAGCCCCAGCCGGCGCCCUCAGUACUGCCGGGAUCCCGCUGUCCACAAUGCUCUGUACACAGGAGACUUGGCAAGAGUCCGAAGCAUUUUUAAGGACGAAGCCACUGCCAACUUGAUUGUGGAGACCCUCAGUGAAGAGCUGGUAUGGUCAGCUGAACUGGGGCUGUGGGUGCUGACCCCCCAAAAGAAGCACACCUCGCCAUUGUGCAUCACAGCUGCUAGGGGCUACCAGGACUGUGUUAAGCACCUCCUCCUGCAAGGAGCAGAAGUCGAUGCUGUUGUGGGUGGGAAAGCUGCCCUACAUUACAGCUGUGAAAACCACCGUGCAGAGUGCACUCGUCUGCUCCUCAGCUACACUGCGAACCCCAAUAUUAUCUCAGAGGAGGGUCUGGCCCCACUGCACUUGUGCACCACCCAAGAGACUUUGCCAUGUGCUCAGCUGUUACUCGAGUAUGGGGCUCUAGUCAACCAGAACACAAGAGACCGCCGUGCGUCCCCAUUGCACGUGGCCGCUAAGCAUGGCUUAGAAGACCACGUGAAGCUGUACCUUUGCUAUGGAGCAAACAUCGGCCACAAAAACCGAGAAGGAGAGACCGCUCUUAACGCAGCCUGUGCUAGUGCAGAAAGGCCCGAGGAAGCCGGUCGCUACUACCGAGUGGUGAAGCGGUUGUUGGAGAGUGGGGCUGAUGUCCAGGUAGCUGGUCGAAAGAACCACACACCUCUACACAACGCCUGCAGCAACUGCCACUUCCGCAUUGUGGAGCUGCUACUGAAGCAUGGAGCAGAAGUCAAUGUUAGCAACUGUGCUGGUUACACACCAGUGGACUGUGCUGUGCAAGCAGUAGAAGAUUACCUGGAAGGAGAGCCUGAGAGGGUUAUAGCCAUUUUGCUCAAUCAUGGUGCAGCCCCUAUCAAUCCCAAGAUGCUAAAGUUUUGUGCCUUGUCGCCUCGGACUAUGGAAGUUAUACUGAAUUCCUAUGACCGAAUUCUCUCCUGUGAUUCUUGGGUUGAGUCUGUGUCCCCUGAAGUGUGGCAAGAGCACCAAGUAUUCUAUGAUUCAGCCCUUGGCCUGGUAAAUCAGCCUCGUCCGCUGCAACAUCUGGCCCGCUGUGCUGUCCGGAAACAGUUGGGAAUACGAUGCCAUCAGGGCAUUGCCCAAUUGAAACUUCCUUCUUCUCUGCAAGACUACCUGCAUCUCCCAUUUGAGGGCUAUCUCAGAUGAGAUGAGGACUAUAUGUACAGUAUGUGCUGAUAUGUGUUAGCUUCAACAAAAACAGAAUACAUAAAAUUCAAAAUGA